ACAUUCCACCGACACAAAUUACUAUAAGUAUCAUCUUUAUAACAAUCCCACCCUCAUACCACAAUUACAAACAAUAUCUUUGUCAGAACCUUUGAUUUAGCUCGGCGAUCUUUUGGAAGUAAAAGCAAACAGCGUUCUGCAGAUGACUACCCCUCUGACCAAGCGCCUCGAUGACACUAAGGUGCCUCUGAACAAGGCAAUUGAUGCAGAGAGAAAAGGCGACGACGCAGGUGCUCUUAAACAUUAUAAGGAGGCACUUGAGCAGUAUUCUUGUUGUAUAGAGGAACUUAAGAAGAAAUUUCAGCUCUAUUCUGAAAGGGUAAAAGUAAUAGAAAAAAACCCAAAUCUUGGAUCCUCUAAAACUGAUAUGGUACAAGCCGUGUUUUCCCUUACGGACUCGUCCCCGGAAUCGAGUCAUGUUGUGAAGUUGAGUGAUGGGAAUUUGAAUUCUUUGGGUGGACUUGAGUACUGCAAACAGGUAUUGAGAGAAGCUGCCAUAUGGCCUAUAGAGUAUCGUCACUUUUUUACUGGGAAUCGAAAACCAUGGAGGGCUGUAUUACUAUUUGGUCCACCUGGAUCAGGGAAGACCCUUCUAGCAGAGACAAUUGCAGCAGAAGCAAAAUUUAAUUUCUUUAGUAUUUCUCCAUCAGACAUUGUGUGUAAAUGGAUGGGAGAGAGUGAACAGCAUGUCAAAGAUCUUUUUCAAGAGGCUCGUGAAAAAGCUCCCUCCAUUAUUUUUAUUGAUGAAAUUGAUUCCUUAUGUGGCCCACGAGGUGAAAACAAUGAGCAUGAACCAUCUCGACGAAUCAAAUCAGAACUUCUUGUACAAAUGCAGGGUGUAUGCAACGGUGCGGAGCAUGUUCUGAUUCUAGCAGCCACAAAUACUCCUUAUGAUUUGGAUAAGGCCAUAAGGAGGCGUUUUGAUAUGCGAAUCUAUAUCCCUCUCCCAAAUGACGAGGCAAGGAAACACAUAUUUAAGGUUCAGAUUGGGGAAACUCCGAAUAUGAUUGGUGAAGAAGAAUUAAAAUUUUUAGCUAACGAUACAGAAGGUUUCUCUGGUUCAGAUAUAUCCUAUUACGUCAAAGAUGCACUAUAUCAGUCUAUUCGUCCAACUCUUAGGGCUGAUUCCUUCAUUAAAACCGGCAAAGAGUGGGUCCCUUGCCAAGAUGCUGGUGUUCGACACAAGAAAUCAUUGCAGGAACUUAAGAAAGACAAACAAAUUUCAGAGAUCCAGGUACCAAAGAUCAAAUUAGCACAUUUUAAGGAAGUGAGAGAGAGACAUAAGCCAACAGUAAAUGAAGCUGACCUUGAACUGCUUGUGAAGUUCAAGGAGGAGUUUGGGGUUGAAGAUGAAGAACCUUCAGAUGCUCCCAGACCUGCAAAAGGCAAGAUGAAAACGGUGUCGAAGUAAAAAGAAGUCAUACGCACCGUAUCACUAAAACUCAAAACACUGUCGUUUGACCUUACGUAGCGUUUUGUUAAGUCAGUUAUUUAGGCCUAAAUGCUGUUAUAUUUACUCGUAUUAGUGGUGGUUAAUCUGUUAUAACUGCCUCCAUGAUUUACGCUUUCUCUCUCUCUGAUUAUGUAUAUAAGCUUAGCACAGCUCAGUGAUGUUGUGUUGGUUACAUUGCAGAAACAAUAGAACUUUCUUUUCCUCUCAAUCAAUUUCUUUCGGCUUUCUUUGUUU